AUGCAUGAAUCCUGGAAGACCAUCAUCGUGCUCUCCAGCUUUGCGCUGACCAGCACAGCAAAGGAUGUUUCGUUCGAUGCUCGUCUUAUGGUUCAGCAAGCUGGACUGCCUUCUGUGCUCAGCAAUGGCUCUAGCCUGCCUCCCCAGCUUGACAUCCCAAGCACUCGUCCAGCUCGGUCCAUCGAUCUGAGCCAGAUUGUGCCUCUCCAAGAUGCUUCUGGUAACAGCCGUUGCUGUCCCAUUGGAACUGUCAACGAUGGCACUGGCUGUGUUUUCCCUCACUCGUCUGUCUGCCCUGAGGGUACUCGUCUUGAGGGAAACACUUGCAUCAGCGAGAAGCCACCCAAGUGCCCUGAUGGUCUGAUCUACAAUGGUCGCAACUGUAUCGGCACCGCACCUAGCUGUCCUCCUGGUAGCCGAUUCAACGGCGAGUCCUGCGAAUCUGAGGCGGAGCCACGUUGUAAGCCUGGGUUCCAAUACCAGGACGGCAACUGUGUCUCCCUUUCGGAAGCUGGAUGCCCUCCAGGAUUUACUCUUAAGAACCGCCUUUGUACUUCAAGCAGCAAGCCUCAGUGCCCUGCCCCUUUCAAGUACGAAGACGGUAGCUGUGUUGAUUCAAAGCCGCCGUCUUGCCCUCCCGGCAGUAAACUCACCGACGGCAAUUGUGUUGGCGAAGCCCCUCCUUCUUGCCCUCCCGGCUAUGCCAUCAACAAGGGAGUAUGCACCCACGAAAGCCCCCGUUGCCGCCCUGGUGCCGUUUUCAACGGAGAGAACUGUGUUCUCGAGGACCGUGCGGCUUGCCCUCCCGGAAGUGUUCUCAGCGGCAAGAAGUGUAUCUCUAAUACUCCUCCCGUUUGUGAGCCUGGCCAUACCCUGACCGGUGAUUACUGUAUCUCAGAGGAGCGUCCUCAGUGUCCCCGUGGAUCCACUGUUGUUGGCCGAUACUGCAAGUAUCCCGAUCUUCCUGUCUGUGAGCGUGGCACCAACCACCAUGAUGACGACUGCACUUCUUCCAUUACUCCAGAGUGCCCUACCGGAAGCUCUUUCAAUGGAGUCAACUGUAUCUCAAAUGAUCGACCUAUUUGCAGGCCUGGCUACAUCUUCAACGGUGCCACCUGUGUCUCCGAGAAGGAUGUCCCGGCUUGCCCCAACAACAUGCAAUUCGAUGGCACCAACUGUGUUUCAAAGGAGCGACCUAUCUGUGACCCUGGAAAGUCUUUCGAUGGCGGUGCUUGCGUCGAUCACUCUGAUCCUCAAUGCCGACCUGGUCUUGUUUUCGACGGCACCAGCUGUGUAUCCAAGGAGCCUCCCCGUUGUGAACCUGGCACCAGCUGGAACGGAAGCAAGUGUACUUCUGAGAAGAACCCUGGCUGCGCUCCCGGUAUGAAGUACAAUUCUGAGACCGAGACUUGCGACUCAUCUCAAAAGCCCCGUUGCCCUACUGGAACCGAGCUCAGAGAUGAUGUCUGUGUCUCGGUCACACCUCCUCAGUGCGCUAGUGGUACCACCAGAAAGGGUGGCAAGUGUGUUUCUGUCGAACCCCCCCGUUGCCCUCGAGGUCUUACUCCCAGUGGUGGUCUUUGCAUCUCUACCAAGGUGCCUGAGUGUGGCGAGGGAACUAUCUUCGAUGGCAAGCGAUGUGUUAUUGGCAAGACCGACGAGUGUUAUACUCUUUACACCUGCCCUCCUGUCGGUGCCCCUGGCCUCCCUGCUGUUGGUGGUCGCUAA